CCAUCUGUCAUGUCCAAGGUGAACAACACAACCCAAGAUCCUUUCUUCUUCAUCCUCACGGGCAUCCCUGGAUUUGAGAACAUCCAUAUCUGGAUCUCCAUCCCCUUUGGCUUCUUCUACACCAUCUCCAUCACAGGUAACAUCACCAUCCUCACCGUCAUCCAUAAAGAGUCAUCUCUUCAUCAGCCCAUGUACUUGUUUCUCUCCAUGCUGGCUCUGACUGACCUGGGUCUCACCCUCACCACCCUGCCCACAGUCAUGCAGCUCCUCUGGUUCAACAUUAAUAAGAUCAGCUUUGAAGGCUGUUUUGUCCAGUUCUUCUUCAUUCAUGGGUUCUCCUUAAUGGAAUCCUCUGUCCUGCUGGCCAUGUCCUUUGACCGCUAUGUGGCCAUCUGUCGCCCCCUCCAUUAUGCCUCCAUCCUCACCAAUGAAGUCAUUGGCAAGAUUGGAGUAGCCAUCAUUGGCCGCUGUGUUCUAGCUGUUCUUCCCUCCCUUUUCCUGCUCAAGCGCCUGCCCUUCUGCCACUCCCACCAGCUCUCUCACUCCUACUGCCUCCACCAGGACAUGAUUCACCUGGUCUGUGCUGACAUCACGGUCAACAGCUGGUUUGCACUUGUGGUGGUGUUGCUUAUCAUUGCAAUUGACCCAGUGCUCAUUGUGCUGUCCUAUGCAACCAUCCUGAGGAGUGUCCUGGGCACAGCCACCUGGGCUGAGCGGCUCCGGGCCCUCAAUAACUGUCUCUCCCACUUCCUGGCUGUUCUGGUCCUCUAUAUCCCCAUGAUUAGUGUAUCUAUGACUCAUCGCUUUGCCAAGCAUGCUUCUCCACUGGUCCAUGUGGUCCUGGCUAAUAUCUACCUGCUGGCACCCCCUGUGAUGAACCCCAUCAUUUACAGUGUAAAGACCAAACAGAUCCGCCAGGGAAUCUUUCACCUCCUUUUUCAGAGGAAGGUUCACUAA